GCCAUUGGAGGAUUUCUCAGGCACACACUAAGCACAACGAUAUCAGAACACGGGAGGGAAGCGGCGAGGAUGGCGGAUGUUGUCGGAGAUGGAGCUCGUCACGAUGUUCAGUCCCUCCUGUCUUCUCCGGACAGGGACUUCCUCAUCCGAAACAACGGCGAUCAGGUCAAGGUCGAUAGCUUGAAGGGGAAGAAGAUCGGCUUGUACUUCUCCGCGUCAUGGUGCGGUCCGUGCCGGCGGUUCACCCCGACGCUUGUGGAGGUGUACAAUGAACUUUCCCCAAGAGGUGACCUGGAAAUCAUUUUUGUCUCUGGCGAUAAGGAUGAAGAGUCCUUCAGCGGAUACUUUUCCAAGAUGCCAUGGCUUGCAAUCCCGUUCUCCGACUCGGACAUUCGCAGUAGCUUGAAUAAAGUGUUUAAGGUCAGGGGAAUCCCCCGCCUCGUGUUUCUCGAUGGCGCAGGUACAGUCUCAACAGAUAGCGGAGUCAAGAUUGUCGGCGAGUAUGGAGUGGAAGGUCACCCUUUCACUCCAGAACGCAUCAAGGAGUUGAAAGACCAGGAAGAAGCUGCGAGGAGAAAUCAAUCAUUGACCUCUCUUUUGGUCCAUGGAUCUCGUGACUUCGUAGUUUCGUCCGAUGGGAAUAAGGUUCCUGUUACUGAGCUUGAAGGGAAAAUUGUGGGUCUGUACUUCUCGUUGUCCAUGCACAAAUCAUGCAGUGAUUUCUCGCCAAAGUUACUCGAGGUUUAUGAGAAAUUGAAGGAAAAAGGAGAGAGUUUUGAGAUCGUUCAGAUUCCUCUUGAUGAUGAAGAAGCAUCAUUCAACCAAUCCUUUGGAAGCCUGCCAUGGCUUUCACUACCAUUGAAAGACAAGAAAUGUGAGAAGUUGGUUAGGUACUUUGAUCUGUCGACCCUACCCACUCUGGUCAUAAUCGGUCGUGAUGGGAAGACUGUCCAUUCCAACGUUGCUGAAACCGUGGAAGAGCAUGGCGUUGAAGCUUACCCAUUCACUCCAGAGAAGUUUGAACAGCUCGCAGAGAUAGAGAAGAAAAGGGAAGAAUCUCAGACCUUGGAGUCGAUCUUGGUUUCAGGGGAUCUGGAUUUCGUCAUUGGAAAGGAAGGAACCAAGAUUCCAGUAUCGGACUUGGUAGGGAAGACUGUCCUCCUGUACUUCUCGGCACACUGGUGCCCUCCUUGCCGUGCGUUCCUGCCGGUGCUCACGGAGGCAUACGAAAAGAUCAAGGCCAAAGACAAUGCCUUUGAGGUGAUCUUCAUCUCCAGCGACAAGGACCAAACUGCCUUCGACAAUUACUUUGCUGAAAUGCCGUGGCUGGCGCUCCCCCUUGGUGAUGAGAGGAAGAAAUUCCUGAAUCGCAAAUUCAAGGUCCGGGGGAUCCCCACGCUCGUAGCCAUCGGCCCAACAGGCCGUAUGGUGACUACCAAAGCAAGGGAUCUCAUAAUGGAGCACGGGGCUGAUGCUUAUCCUUUUACUGCGGAACAUCUCAAGAAGUUUGAGGAACAGUUCAAGGAGAGUAUUAAAGGCUGGCCAGAGAAGUUGAAGCAUCCUUUGCAUGAAGAGCAUGAGCUCGUUCCUGCUCAGAGGAGGAAGUACAACUGUGAUGGCUGCAAUGAGGCAGGGGAGGCGUGGUCGUAUUAUUGCCAGGAGUGCGACUUCGAUCUCCAUCCCAAAUGUGCUGUUGGAGAAGAGAAAGGGGCUAAAAACGAGCUGGAUGAAGAGGGCGAAGCAGCUGGGGAGGAGGCAAAGGAAGGAGGAGAUGCCAAAGAAGGAUGGGUCUGUGAUGGUGAGGUCUGUCAUAAAGCCUGAAAGUUACUUUGUAGUAGUCUUGCUAUCUACGACUCGUGUGAAGCAGUUAGCCUUUGUUUUUUUUAAUCUGGGUGCAUGUUUCCGAGCUUGAUCUGCGAAUGGCUUGUAUGUGAGAAAAUAUGGUGUGUAUGUAUUAUGAGCUUUGAGAAUUUGCAGUCACAAUAAGAUGU